AUGGCAAAGCUUAUUGUGGGUGGCCUGCUCCUCUCUAUUCUUUCAGGAUGUGUAUCCCAAUCAGAUAUGAAGGGGAAGGCAUUUAUUUUCCCUCAAGAAUCAGCCACUGCCUAUGUGUCCCUGAUCCCGCAGGCGAGGAAGUCACUGCAGAACUUCACGCUGUGUCUGAAGGCCUUCACUGACCUCACUCGCCCUUACAGCCUCUUCUCCUACAACACAAAGACCAAGGACAAUGAGAUUCUUCUCUAUGUGCAAAGCGGAGAGUACAUGUUCUACGUUGGGAAUUCUGGAGUUACUUUCAAAGCACCCCUAAAUCCUUAUGCCCCAAUCCAUGUCUGUGUGACCUGGGAGUCUGCCUCUGGGAUUGCAGAAUUCUGGCUGGAUGGAAAGCCUUUGGGAAGGAAAGGCUUGAGGAAGGGGUACACUGUGGGGACUGAGGCAAAGAUUAUCAUAGGACAAGAGCAGGAUUCCUUUGGGGGGCGUUUUGAUGCCAAACAAUCCUUUGUUGGGGAGAUGUGGGAGGUGUCCUUGUGGGACCAUGUGGUCCCCCUAAGAGAGAUGGCUGGCGGGUGUUACAGUGGCAACCUUAUAAAUUGGCAAGCUCUUGUUUUUGAAGAAAAGGGCUAUGUGGUGACUAAACCCAAACUGUGGGCUUAA